AUGCAUUUCAUUCCUUUAAAAUCAUUCCAUCCGUCAAUCCUGUUUUUUUUUUUCCAUCCGAUUCCCUCUUCACCCUUCAUUAACAACACCACAACCCACCACCGUUGCUAUCACCCGCCACCACACCACCACCGUCAUCCGCCGUCGUCACCCGCCACCACCGCGGCCACCACCUACCGCGGCCACCCACCUCCGUCCCCGCCACCGCCAUCGCCGCUGCCACCUCCGAUCAUCGCCACCACCCACCUUCAAUCAUCGCCGCCACCAUUGCCAUUGCCACCUCCGAUCACCGCCGCCACUCACUGCCGCCACCACUACCACCUCCGACCACCGUCAUCGCUGCUACCACCUCCGACCACCCCCGCCACCACCAACGCCACCGCCGCCGCCUACCUCCACCGUCAUCCACUAGCACCACCACCGUUGUCACCAUCCGCCGUCGUCUCCACCCACCACCACUGA